CGACAAACAACAAGGUUAUAAUUUUCAACUACAAGAUAGACGGUUAUAAAGCUCGAAAAUGGUUACAACUACCUUCAAAAUAUUGUUAUGGGUAAUUGUUCUGUAUCUUAAAGCUUUACCAUGUGUAUCACAGAGUAGUUUUCGAGGAACGUACUAUUCCGGCAAAUAUGUUUCCGAAAGUAACGGGGCUUAUUACAAUGAAGAAGCAUCUAAUUCUGUUCAUGGUCCAAAUCACACAGUAAGGCGAUGGAUAUAUAGAGUAAUAGCAACAGUUUGUGGCUUAUUUUUCUUUGGAUUAAUUUACUUCUUAAUUAAAAUGUGCGGUCGUACAUGUGAUAAUGAACUAAAAAGAAGAGCAAAUCGCAGGAACAUACUGAUGUCACCUCUAAAUGAUAUCGAGGAACAGUGUACGUUUAAGUAA